AUGGCGCUCAAGAACAAACGUCCGCAAAAGAGCUUAGCCGCUGGUCGGCCGCCCAUUCUUCAACGCCAACCAAAAUCCAUCACCAGAAAGUCGACAAAAGCUCUCAUCAACAAGCACCAUCUCCUCGAGAAGAGAAAGAAACAGGCGCUUGCCAAGGGUGAUGAUGCAGGUGUCGCCGCGAUCGAUGCAGAGAUUCAAGCUCUAGGUGGCCUCGAGGCAUAUCAGAAGGCCAGUCUUCAAGGCCAGAGGGAGGACCGCGGCGGUGACAGCUCGAGGGUUCUGAUGGAAUGGGUGCAGCCAUGCUUCACGGCUCAUAAAGAGGGAUCGGAUCGGAUGCUCAAGAUGCUCGAGGUUGGCGCGCUCAGCACACAGAAUGCUUGCUCUCAGAGCGGCUACUUUGACAUUACUCGUAUCGAUUUGAACAGUCAAGGCGAAGGGAUUCUGCAGCAGGAUUUCAUGGAACGGCCUUUGCCCAAGGAUGACACGGAGCGAUUCGAUAUCAUCAGCCUGUCGCUCGUUCUGAACUUUGUGCCGGAUCCGAAAGGAAGAGGGGACAUGCUCAAGCGUACGACGGAGUUUUUGCGCGCAGCCGGCAGAUAUCUCGAGGCUCCUUCACUGACGACCAACUUUCCGAGUCUCUUCCUGGUGCUCCCUGCGCCAUGUGUCACGAAUUCGCGGUAUCUGGAUGAAGAGAGGUUGGUUGGGAUUAUGGCGUCGCUUGGGUACGCGAAGGUUGAGUCCAAGACGACUCAGCGGCUGGUCUACUAUCUUUGGAGGAGAGAAGGCAAAGGCAUCGCUCGACGUUUCCGAAAGGAAGAGAUACGGGCUGGCCCGACACGGAACAACUUUGCUGUUGUUCUGGGGUGA